AUGUGGGAGGGUUUUUCGUCCUGCGAUGGGACAGAGUCCGCUCUAAUACACUGUGACUUGCCAGAACCAGAUGGAGGAGGAGUCCGACUGGUGGGAGGCACAACCUGCUCUGGGAGAGUAGAGGUGCAUGAUGGGAACACCUGGGGCACGGUGUGUGAUGCUGACUUCGACCAGCAGGAUGCAGAGGUUGUGUGUCGGGAGCUGGGCUGUGGGGUUCCUGUAGAGGUGCGGGGGGCAGCUGCGUUUGGCAAGGGGGAGGGCCAGGUGUGGUCAGAGGAGAUUCAGUGCAGAGGCAACGAAUCUCAGAUUUACUUGUGUCCAACAUCACCCACCCAGAAACAGAACUGCCCCCAUGAGAACGACGUGGGACUGGUGUGCUCCAGCAGCACUGAUAUUAGGCUGGUGGAUGGAGGCAGCCCCUGUGCUGGGAGAGUGGAGGUUCGCCAUGGAGAACAGUGGGGGACAGUGUGUAGUGAUGGCUGGGAUAUGACAGAUGCUGAGGUGGUGUGUAGACAGCUGGGCUGUGGGGCUGCUGUGGAAGCACCGAGUGGAGCUCACUUUUUUCCCGGGUCAGGGAGAAUCUGGCUGAGUGAUGUGUCCUGCAAUGGGUCAGAGUCCACACUGAAGAACUGUGAUUCAGGAGGAUGGGGUAACCAUAACUGUGAUCACAAGAAGGAUGUUGGAGUGAUCUGUUUAGGUAGGAGACAGCAACGCAUCAGGCUGGUGGGAGGAACUCACCUGUGCUCUGGGAGAGUAGAAGUGCGUCGUGGGAACACCUGGGGCACGGUGUGUGACGCUGACUUCGACCAGCAGGAUGCAGAAGUUGUGUGUCGGGAGCUGGGCUGCGGGGUUCCUGUAGAGGUGCGGGGUGCAGCUGCGUUUGGCAAGGGGGAGGGCCAGGUGUGGUCAGAGGAGAUUCAGUGCAGAGGCAAUGAAUCUCAGAUUCACUUCUGUUCAACAUCACCCACCCAGAAACAGAACUGCCCCCAUGAGAACGACGUGGGACUGGUGUGCUCUGGCAGUGAUGAUGUGAGGCUGGUGGAUGGUGGCAGUCCCUGUGCUGGGAGGGUGGAGGUUCGUCAUGAAGGACAGUGGGGGACAGUGUGUGACCGGGACUGGGAUAAGACUGAUGCUGAGGUGGUAUGUAAGCAGCUGGGCUGUGGGGCUACUGCAGUAGCACUGUAUGCAGCCCAAUCACCCACAUCAGGGAAAAUAGAAGGAAAAGGACCAAUCUGGAUGAGUGAUGUGUUCUGCAAGAAAGUUAGGCUGGUGGGAGGCACUACCUGCUCUGGGAGAGUAGAGGUGCAUUAUGGGAACGCCUGGGGCACGGUGUGUGACGCUGCCUUCGACCAGCAGGAUGCAGAGGUUGUGUGUCGGGAGCUAGGCUGUGGGGUUCCUGCAAGGCUCCUGGGGGCAGCUGCGUUUGGCAAGGGGGAGGGCCAGGUGUGGUCAGAGGAGAUUCAGUGCAGAGGCAACGAAUCUCAGAUUCACUUCUGUCCAACAUCACCCACCCAGAAACAGAACUGCCCCCAUGAGAAUGACGUGGGACUGGUGUGCUCUGGUUACACAGAGUCCAGACUGGUUAAUGGUCCUGACAGAUGCUCUGGUCGAGUGGAGCUGAAGUAUCUCAGUGCCUGGGGCACAGUGUGUGAUGCAUGCUGGGAUAUGAGAGCCUCCAAUGUCCUCUGUCAGCAGCUGAGUUGUGGGAGAGCAGUGGCAUUGCUGGGGCAGGCCUGGUUUGGGGAGGGGAAUGGCUCAGUUUGGGCUGACGUGUUUGAGUGCCAGGGGAAUGAGACACAUGUCUCCCAGUGUGCUGCUUCUGCUUGUAGUCGAGCCACAUUCUCACAUGGACAGGAUGCUGGAGUCAUCUGCUCUGGAUCUUCUCUCUCUGCUCUUGAUGGGAUGGUGCAGCUGUCUGGAGAGAGAGAGUGUGAAGGCCAGGUGGACUGUGUGGGGAACGAGACGUCCCUGUGGGAGUGUCCCAAAGCAGAGUGGGGACAGACGGACUGUGGACACAAGCAGGACGUGGUGGUCAUGUGUUCAGAGUUCAAACAGUUGAGACUGAGAAUGCGGACAGACACCAAAGUCUGCUCAGGACUGGCAGAGGUUUUCUACAAUGGCACCUGGGGGAGUGUGUGUGUUAAUGGCAUGACGGAAGCCACUGCCACCGUGAUCUGCCGCCAGUUAGGCUGUGGGGACAGAGGGACAUUGAGUACAGGAACCACCUCUGAUGGAGUUCCUCAGUGGAUUAACAACAUUAAGUGCAGACGCCAUGAUGAGUCCCUAUGGCAGUGUCCCUCUGCAUGGAGUGACGACUGUCCCAGGAAGGACAUUUCCCCAAAUGAUUCAUCACCUCAGCAGGAGACGACACAGGUGCAGCAGUGCCCAGAGCCCCCAGAGUUGCGGCUGGUCGGCCCCAGUAAGUGUUCAGGGAGGGUUGAGGUGCGGAUUGAGGGGUCCUGGGGGACAGUCUGUGAUGACUCCUGGGAUAUGAGGGAGGCCCAGGUGGUCUGCAGACAGCUGGGCUGUGGGUUGGCCAUGAGGGUGGAGGGCAAUGCUGCAUUUGGGAGGGGAAAUGGCACCAUCUGGCUGGAUGAGGUGAACUGCACAGGAGACGAGCUCCACCUGUGGGACUGCUGUCGUUCCCCACUGAACCAGAGUGACUGCUCUCACAAGGAGGACGCAGGGGUUACCUGUGCAGUUGUGACUGCUCGGUCACCGCCCCCGGUGAACCCAACUUCUUCCCGGCCUCUGUCCAUCCCUGCAGUGGCCUUCCUGGUGCUGGGGGCGCUGUUCUUCCUGCUGCUGGCAGUGCUGGUUGUACUGCUGUUCCGGAACAGAGACCUGAAGAAGGCCCUGUAUCAGAGGGAUCCCGCCCCUCGGUAUGAUGCCGUCUAUGAGGAGAUUGAGUAUAAACUGCCCGGAGAAAGAACCUACGGCGCCCCCCGAAGAGGGAGUGUCCUUUCUGAGGACCUGCCCCCUGGGUAUGAUGAUGUGGGGAAUGGCGACGGACAUUCCCUCUUGGGGGACUCUGCGAGAGAAGAGACAGGCGAGGAGUAUGAUGAUGUCAUCGCAGAGGAGAACACAGGGGACCUCGUGACUGAGAACAUACCAGAUAGCUAUGAUGAUGUCAUCACUGUAGAUCCCGUUACAGGCAGCGUGGCAGCGGAGAAAGUCAAGACCACGGAAGGACCUCUUGAGAUGGGCUACGACGAUGCUGGGGAGGAGUCUAUUAAAGGAGGAGGGGAGCAGAUGAGGACCGGUCCGGCCUAA